AAACGUGCAGAAUUUGGCUCGACCUGCUGCGCCUCCGUCCCCUGGAAUCUUGGAACACGAAAACGUCUUAUCGCGACCUCCACGUUGCGUGUCAGUGACCGGUAACAAACAACAUUGUCUUGGACAAGACUGUUUACACGCGACGGACGGGCGCAGGGCAGGAGGUGGUCCAUGGCGGUAGAUAUAUAAACACACUCCGGGAGGCAGGUGUAGGUUUUACAGCAGAUCACUCAAGAGGAAUACUGACUGAAUGACUCUAACGUAAAGGAAGGCAACACUGCGACAAGCUAAUGCUUAUUACGUACUUUUUUUUCUUUUUUUUUUUACAAUUACCUUUUGCGUUCAGACAUAAAUCGGACUAUAAAAGACCUGAGAUUGUUUCUUUAUCAUGGAAUUACGGACUAUUUUCUCCAUGUUGUCCAUACUUUCUUCAGGAAUCUUUCACACAGCUGUUCCGGGCGAAGCGGCUGCGGUUCCGGUCACCACGCACCACUCAAGACCCAAGCGAUGCUCGUGCGCUAGUUUUCUGGAUAAAGAAUGCGUGUAUUUCUGUCACCUGGACAUAAUCUGGGUCAACACUCCUGAGCGCACCGUGUCUUAUGGACUGGGCAAUGCCCCGCGCAAGAAGCGCUCAGAGCAAGAAACGUCUCGUGCCGCCGAGCUCCCGCGCUGCGAGUGCACAGAGAGUACCGACGGCACGUGCUUGUCUUUCUGCCGUACACGCAGCCCGUUAAGGCGUAAGGCAACGCGUGACAAGGUGAUCCCUACCGCCGGCGGCUGUGCAGAAGAGAAGUGUAGAAACGACCUGGCAGCCAAGACGUCUGGGAUUAAACGGGAUCGUAAAAGAGCUGAACCUUCGUUGGCAAGGGCCACCAGGCAGCUCCGGCUGCUCCUGGAGAAAUAGAGAAUGAAGUCCCACAACACGCUAGAUUGGGCCUCUGAAAAUGCUGCCUCCUAGAGGCAGACACAUGGCACGGGACUGUAGAAACCGCACUGAGACAGGGGCUUUCCAAGCCGAGACACCGUCUCCUGAAGCUGCCAGUGAGCAAUUAUAUGCUACACAUCCUCUGAGAUGGCACAACCUUCACACACAGGGACUCUUGCAAAUAGGGUUCCUUUGGUCCUAGUGUUUUUACUGGGAAGCUUUCAGCUUUGUGGAUAUUUUUAAGAGGGAAACAAAAACAAGGACUUCAUGUUCUCACUUUUAUAGUAUAACUAGUCCUGGACCAGUGUGCAUAUGAAUUAGACCUUUUUAAAAUAGCGGAACAGUCAAGUGUAAAAUUCGUAUACAGUGCAGAAGUGUAUCUUGUAACAUCUUCAGAAUGUUUUGAACAAUUAUAAUUAAGAAAACUGGUAGGUUGUUAUUUCACUACAAUACAGGAAAUUAUUAUAUAAUAUAUAAUAUAAAUAUAAAUAGCUAUAAAUAAUAUAAUAAUAUAUAUAGCUUCAUUAUUAUCUUUAAAAUGUUCUGUUCAUUUUACAAGCUGUAUACUGAUGUAGCUGUAACUAUACUGGAUAUUUAUUAAAGCAUUUAUGUUAUAUGAAUGCAUUUAAAAUCAAGCCAUAUUGGUCCAACUGACUGUCAUAUUUCUAUGAAAUGCUGUUAUACUGUAGCCACACUUGUGGUCUGCAUAAUAGGAAA